CAUGGUCACAAGAAAUAGUAUGGCUGAUCUACAAUGGCGUCGACAUAGAGAAGUCAAAGCAGAGCCCUCUAAUGGAACGUUUCCCAUUCAUGGAGAUAUCCCCCAGAAUUGAUUUCAUCAAAGACAUGCCGAGACCAAAACUCUUAAAAACUCAUCUUCCUCACCAUGGGUUACCUACUAGUUUCCUGAACCAAUCAAAUGACUCCAAACCAAAGAUUGUAUACGUUGCUAGAAACCCAAAAGAUGUUGCCGUUUCUUUUUAUCAUUUCUAUCGCUCAAACAAACACCUUGGUAAUUUCAACCAAGGAUGGAAUGAAUAUUUUGAAAUGUUUAUAUCAGGUUACAUCGUAUAUAGCGACUGGUUUAGUCAUGUGAUCACAUGGUAUGAAACUGCGAAAAAAGAUUCUUUGAUCUUGUUCAUGAAGUAUGAAGAUAUGAAACGAGACCCUCAGGAAGAAAUCAGAAAAAUUGCUAACUUCCUCGGUAAAGAUACCAGCAAUGAAAUGAUUGAAACUUUAAAUGAACAUACAAAGUUUGAAAGCAUGAAGAAAAAUCCCAUGGUUAACUUCUCGAAAAUAUCAGUCAUUGAUAGUUCGAUUUCACCAUUCAUGCGCAAAGGAGAAAUCGGAGACUGGAAAAAUUAUUUCACUGUUGCUCAGAAUGAACGUUUCAUGGACAUUUACAAUGAAAAAAUGAAAGACACGGAUCUGUCAUUUCAAUUUGAGUAAAAGUGUACUCCUUCAAAGGUUGGACAAAUCUAUGAUCAUGAAAAAGUUAAAAUUGUAGCUAUGCUAGCACUCCUGAAUUUAACUGUUGACUGACGGGUGACAAUUUGAUUGCUACAGUAUAUUAAAGCCAUCUUAUUUGAAUAUGAAUAGUACCUGCUGUGCAUCUUGAUGCUGCUAGCUAUCAUACCAAACCCACUUGCUGACCUACAUUUAUUCUGCCUAUUUAAGCAGCAACUAACGACAAGCCAUCUGUUUGCAAUUUCAAUGAGUGGAUUUAUCAAAAUCAAUCUUGUUACAGUGGCAUAAAAAAUCACAUGAUCACUGUGAGCUAACUAGUGGCUUGAUUAUUAUCUGAACUUCAAAUUGAUGAGUUUAAUUUACGCACAUUACAAACGAUU